UACGUGUGUCCGUGUGUGCGCCCGCCAUCCAGUGACUACGUUGAGUGAAUGAUCUGAGCGUAAAACGGUAUCAUCGUCGUCGUAGCCCGUGUUGGCCGUCGUGUGUAAUAAUAAUAAUAAUAAUAAUAAUAAUAAUAACAAUAGUAAUAAUUAAUAUUACUAUUAUUAUUGUAAAAAUAUAUAUUAUUAAAUAGUAAAUACCUACAACUUACAAGGCUAUUAACAUUUCAGUGUAUGACGAAUGACGAUUAUAUCGGUACCGGACAUGUUUUAUUAGGUGAUCGAGAGAUACCUACACGGUAAAAUAUAAUAUUAUCGUUCGUUUAGUUUUCGCAUUUCGCGUUUCGUUCUAUCCGUUUCCCCGCUCCGACUAUAAUAAUAUUAUUCUAUAAUGCCGUCCGUUUUGCAAACGCCGCGGAUUUGAUAUUCGGCAUAUUAUUAUUAGCAUCGUCUACGCCACCUCAGAGUACGCGUGCGAGACCAUCGAAUCAAAUAAAACGUAAAAAAAAUUUAUAAAUACCAGAACGAAAUCACACUUCCGCACUAAAGCCAUGGCCGAGGCCGUCGUUUUCGACUUGGAAUUGCAAAAUAACGAGGCUCAACCCGCCAACGGGCCGAAGAACAACAGCGAUUCUGACGACGAAGUGCUCGAAAUCGAAGAAGCAUGUUAUGCUCAAGAACCAAACAUUUAUGAAUACGAUGAAAAAUCCAGUGAUGUAGAGACAUUAAAGUUAUCAGAUAGAACUGUAAACUCUACCAAAGAAAAGUUAUCUCCAGAUUGUUUCGAGAUAUUGAAAGUAUUAGGAAAAGGAGGUUAUGGAAAAGUCUUUCAGGUUCGGAAGAAGACUGGUAAUGAUACAAAUCAAGUUUUUGCUAUGAAAGUGUUACGUAAAGCUACAAUUGUCAGGAAUUCCAAGGAUAUGGCUCAUACCAAAGCAGAACGCAAUAUACUCGAGGCUGUUAAGCACCCAUUUAUAGUAAGUUUGUUCUAUGCAUUUCAAACAAAUGGUAAACUUUAUCUUAUUUUGGAAUAUUUAAGUGGUGGAGAACUUUUCAUGCAUUUAGAACGAGAAGGAAUAUUCUUAGAAGACACAGCAUGCUUUUAUCUGGCAGAAAUUAUUAUUGCCAUACAGCAUUUACACAGUCAAGGCAUAGUUUACAGAGAUUUAAAACCAGAAAAUGUAUUAUUAGACCAAGAUGGUCAUUUAAAAUUGACUGAUUUUGGUUUAUGUAAAGAACAUGUUCAUGGAGUUAGUGUUACUCAUACAUUUUGCGGUACAAUUGAAUACAUGGCACCAGAAAUUUUGACUAGAAGUGGUCAUGGAAAACCAGUUGAUUGGUGGUCACUUGGAGCUCUUAUGUUUGACAUGUUAACAGGAACUCCACCUUUUAGUGCUGAUAAUAGAAAAAAAACUAUUGAAAAAAUACUUAGAGGGAAACUUAUAAUGCCACCUUAUGUAUCUCCUGAAGCUAAAGAUCUUAUGAGAAAAUUACUUAAAAGACAAGUUAGUCAUAGACUAGGAUCUGGUGUAAAUCAAGGAGAAGACAUACGAAAUCAUCGUUUCUUUCAAAAAAUUGUCUGGAAAGAUAUAAUAAACCGUACUUGUGAAGCUCCAUAUAAACCAAAAUUAAAUGGCGCAGACGACACUACGCAAUUUGAUUCCAGAUUUACAAAUCAGCUUCCAGUUGAUUCGCCUGUAGAAGACUCAUUUAUGCCACAAGAUAAUGAUGAAUUUAAAUUUGAUGGUUUUACUUACAUAGCUCCAUCAUUAUUGGACACUCUUGGUACAAGUACAAGUCGAGAUCAUGCAUUAAACCCACAUCAACAUUGUAAAACAGAAGAAAUGGAAAAACCAAUGGAUGACGAGGAUAUUUUCCAUAAGAAUGUAAUGCCAAAAAAACAAAAACUCGAAACGAGAAUACAAAAAUCAACACCCACACCUAUGGUUCAAACUGUAGUAUGUGAUUCUAGAAGAUCUAAUGACCAAUUUCAAAGAGGGCAUGUUCCAAGGAAUCUUAAUCCAUUCAGUGAUUUUGAACCAAUUGCAUCAACAUGUGCUCAGCUUUCUGCUACCCGAAUUGAUGAAGAAAUGGAAACUGAUAAAUCAUCUUCACCAUCACUGUAUCCAAAUGUAUCAAGAUCCAAUCCAGUACCAGUUUAUCAACCCCGAAUUGUGCAAGCUAGCACCACAAAUCACAGGGAAAUAGAUCAAUCAAGGUUGUUUGAUGCAUGUGCUCGACCAUUCAACAAUCACUCUGCUAGAAAACCAUAUAGACCUCAUGUGUUGACAACAGUCAACAGUAAUACUUUCCUGAAUCAGAACCAAGAUGAGAUGAUGGAAGUUGCUUCCACAUCUAGCAUACCGGCUCAAAUUUAAUUAAUUAGGGUAAUCAAUGUGUUUAGAAGAGACCUGUUUCCAAACCAAUCAUAGUUACCUUGUUGGUUAUAAUGCUAUUUUCUGGUAGAUCUUGGCUACUUUUUACUUGUGGCCUUAAGGAUCAGCUAAUUUUAUAAAGUUUUUUAUGCUAAUUUGGCUUGAUUUAAAGUGAUAAUUUUUACAAAUUUUAUAGUAUUUAAGGUUAUUAACAAUAGUAGUUAAAAAUGUUAACAUUUCCAAAAUUGAAGGAAAUGUUCUAACUUUAUAAAUAAGUUAUACUACAAUAUUUAAAUUAAAUGUUCAUGUUUUUUUUCCAAUAAGUUUUUGAAAUUUUAUAAUUUCUAAUAUAUUAUAUAUUAUGUUUUAUAAGUGCAAAUUAUUAUUAGCCAAGGUUUAUCUGAUCUUAGAUAACAUUCAAUUAAAAAAUGUGUGGUUGGGGUGAUAUAAUUUCGAUUUUUUUUUUCUGGCAGACAAGGAAAUAGUUCUCUUUUUAAAUAUUAUUUGACCAUUUUAUUUUCUAUUGUAUUAGAAAUAUAUUCUGUUUAUUUGGUUUAAUUAUCUUAUUAUGUUAAGGUUAUCGUUAUUUAGCUAAAUUAUUAAUCGAGUGUUUUAUUUUAAUUAUUAUUUUUAUUUAAGUAGAUUUAUUUGCCUAUUACAAUGUAAAUAGUGAAAACUAGAUAAUUGUAUGAAAUUAAUUAUUUAGUAAUAUUUCCUCCAAAAGAAUUUUCAAACACAGAUAUUAGAAUAACAUUUUGAACUGAAGGUGGAAGCUUGGUAUUGAUAGGAAAAUAUCUAUACGGACCAUCCCACAGUUCUUAAUAUCUUGAAUAGACUUUAAAUAUUUAUCAAUAAUCUAUUUUAUUAUUAUAAUUAUGUACUAAUAAUAUACUGUUAUAGUCAUGCAAUAUUAUGUUUAUAUAUAUAUUUUUCUAAUCUAAUCAAACACAUUAUAAAUGAAUUACAAACAUGUUUGUACUAAUAUGAAACAUUAGGUUGCUACUUUUAUGGUCUAAAAUAUUUUUUUUUCUAUUACACUAGUUCCAAGCAUUAAUAUUAUUUUAGUGGACUAAACUCUUGUAUAAUUAUUAAUUAGAAUUUUGAAAUUGAGACAAGUGUUAAAAAAAUCGCAAACAAUUAUCGAAUUCAAUAUUGUAGUUUCAUUUAAUGUAUAUCAUAAUCUGUAGGGAAAGGGGGUAAGAUUAAAAGAUAAUCUUGAAAACAAUAAUUGAGAUAUUAUUGUUGUUUUAAAGGUAGUAAUUAUAAAUAUCUCAUAGAUUUAAUACUUUUAAAUUUUGUGAUUUUUCAAACUGCAUAUUUUUUAUUAAUGUUAAUGUUUUUACCAAACCAUACAUUGUGAAUGUACUAAUAUGAAAAUGAUGUAUAAACAAUAAUACAGCAUUAAAAACCAUAUACUUAAAAUUUGUUUAAUUUCCGUGUACAGAUAUUUUAAUGAAUUUUAAAACGAAACUACUGUGUUCAUUGUAGAGAAUCAUAUAUUAUUAAUGAAUAUCUUUAUGAUUACUUUAAAAGGCUGUAAUGUAGCCUAUUAUCAUAUUCCAGUAAAAUGAUGUUAAUCGAAUGUAUAAUUAUUGAUAAUAAAUGAUUGUUUUUAUUACAAAAGUUAUUUCCAUAAAUUAGACAUGAUUGUUUUUUUUUUACCAUUGUACUAUUGUCACUUAAUAUUAAGAGAAAAUUGAAUGCCAAUGAUAUAAAGUUGCAUUGUUUACUAUGUUAAUUUGUUACAGAAUUAUAGUUAUAUUAAUUAAUA